AUGUGUCAGAUUUCCUCCUGGCCUCCUUCACUCCCUGGAGGACAGUCCCAGCCUCCUUCACUCCAUGGAGGACAGUCCCAGUUUCCUUCACUCCAUGGAGGACAGUCCCAGUCUCCUCCUCUCCAUGGAGGACAGUCCCAGUUUCCUUCACUCCAUGGAGGACAGUCCCAGUCUCCUCCUCUCCAUGGAGGACAGUCCCAGUUUCCUUCACUCCCUGGAGGACAGUCCCAGUUUCCUUCACUCCCUGGAGGACAGUCCCAGCCUCCUUCACUCCCUGGAGGACAGUCCCAGCCUCCUUCACUCCCUGGAGGACAGUCCCAGUCUCCUCCUCUCCAUGGAGGACAGUCCCAGUUUCCUUCACUCCAUGGAGGACAGUCCCAGUCUCCUCCUCUCCAUGGAGGACAGUCCCAGUUUCCUUCACUCCAUGGAGGACAGUCCCAGUCUCCUCCUCUCCAUGGAGGACAGUCCCAGUCUCCUCCUCUCCAUGGAGGACAGUCCCAGUUUCCUUCACUCCAUGGAGGACAGUCCCAGUCUCCUCCUCUCCAUGGAGGACAGUCCCAGCCUCCUUCACUCCAUGGAGGACAGUCCCAGUCUCCUCCUCUCCAUGGAGGACAGUCCCAGCCUCCUUCUCUACCUGGAGGACAGUCCCAGUCUCCUCCUCUCCAUGGAGGACAGUCCCAGCCUCCUUCACUCCAUGGAGUACAGUCCCAGCCUCCUUGUCUCUCUGGAGGAUGA